GGGAUCUCCUUAAAUGCCUCCUGAUCAGCUUUUGGUUCAGUAGUGACAGCCUUAGAAUAAGUCUUGGGUUAGUGACCAUAGUUGACAGGGUCUUACCCUGUGGUCCUUAGGAAGUCGGUCAGUAGGUUUGUGUCCGGGUAGGCCCAAGUGCUGAGAAGUGGGACCUUUGUCGUGCACCUGACACCACCAUGGUAGACACCCGGCGCGGCACCUCCACUAUGUCGUACACAAAGGAGGAGGAGGCAAAGAUGGCCGCCAUCCUGCAAGAGAGAAAGGAGAAGAAGGAGGCCAAGAAGAAGGCCUUGAAGGAGGAGCAGGCGGCCAAAUUGAAGAAGAUGGAAGAAGAGAUGGCCAGRGAGAAAGAGAGGUUAAAGAAGGAAGAAGAAGAGAAACUGAAGGCGGUGGAUGAAGAAGAGGACGGUCCGCCACUGCAAAGGAGUAGUGGGCAGCCCAGUAGUAGUACCGGUGGAGACCUGGAGAAGAGGAUAUCUGAAUGGGUUGCCAACCUGACUGUGGGAGAAGAGGAAGAGGUUAGUAUGUAUAUCCCGCAGGAUCAGCAAGAAGCUGCCAUGAAGGCUUGGGAUGCAGAGAAAGACCCUCUUAAACGUCAAACGUUGGAAGACGAGAAGAGGAUGGAAUGGAAAUUAGCGGUGAUGAGGGAGAAGAAGAGGAGAAUUGACAAGGCAGCGGAGGCGGCAGAGGACUUAGAGGAAGUGAAGAACAUAGAGGAGCAAUUAGCCGCCCAGUCCGAUCUCCCGAAUCAGAUGCGAGUCAUAGCUCGGAGCGUUGCAUGCCUGGCACGGGUUCAGGCAGACCAAUAUGACUUUAGCAGAAGCCAGGACAUAGCGGUGCGCUCGAUACGGUUGGGCUUUUGAGAUUUUGCUCGUGAGCUGGUAGGCGUCGUUGGAGCCGAGGUGGGUCACCGCCUCGACAAG